UUUUAUUUAUGUUAUAUUAAGCUUAUAGCAAUAAUAUAUAAUUUUAAUCUAUAAAAUAUUAGUAUAGCUUAGUGUAGGAAUUGUUUCACAUAUAAAAAUGAGUGAUGAGGAUGUAACUAUUAUGGAAGUUGAUGAGAUGGACCCAAAACCUAGCAAGCCGGUUGGUCCGAGCAAAUCGACUUCUAAUUUGCCGUGGAUAGAGAAAUAUCGACCACAAACGUUUACUGACAUCGUAGGCAACGAAGACACAGUAUCGAGGUUGUCUGUUUUUGCUCGCACCGGCAAUGCUCCAAAUAUUAUCAUCGCUGGUCCGCCUGGAGUCGGCAAAACAACUACUAUUCUUUGUUUGGCGCGAGCGCUCCUCGGCUCUGCUUUUAAGGACGCUGUGCUUGAGCUAAAUGCUUCCAACGACCGUGGAAUUGAUGUCGUGCGUAAUAAGAUUAAAAUGUUUGCCCAGCAGAAGGUAACACUGCCAGCAGGGAGACACAAGAUAGUGAUUUUAGAUGAAGCAGACAGUAUGACAGAUGGCGCUCAGCAGGCCCUACGCCGGACAAUGGAACUUUAUUCCAGCACAACACGAUUUGCACUUGCUGCGAAUAACAGUGAGAAAAUCAUAGAGCCAAUACAGUCUCGCUGUGCUGUGCUGCGUUACACCAAGCUCACCGAUGCACAAAUUAUGGCUAAGGUGAUCGAGGUCUGCGAAAAGGAACAGCUGUCCUACACGGAGGAGGGCGUGAACGCCGUCGUGUUCACCGCGCAAGGCGACCUGCGCGCCGCACUCAACAACCUGCAGGCCACGGCGCAGGGCUUCGCGCACGUCAGCCCCGACCACGUGUUCAAGGUGUGCGACGAGCCGCACCCCAUGCUCGUGCGCGGCAUGCUCGACGCCUGCAUCCGGCAGGACAUUCACGAGGCCUACAAGGUGAUCGCCAAACUUUGCAAACUGGGCUACGCGGCGGAGGACAUCGUGAGCAACGUGUUCCGAGUGUGUAAGACGCUGGACGUCGACGAGGAGCUGCGCCUGGGGCUGGUGCGCGAGGUGGGGCGGACGCACCUGCGCGUGGCGGACGGGCUGGCGUCGCCGCUGCAGCUGGCGGCGCUGCUCGCGCGCAUGUGUCGCGUGGCCGCGCGCGCGCCCGCCGACUGGUAGCCGCCUGCCAGCCGCCUGCCAGCCGCCUGCCAGCCGCUUGCCGACCUCCACACCGGCUACAGUAUUUAAGUUAUUUCUUACCCGUACUAAGGCGCGUUUUCCAUUACAUUUUGAUUCAUCUUUUAUAUAAUUUAUAUUGUAGUGUCAAUAUUCAGUCCAGUACUUACAAUAGGCUCGUUGACACUUUCCGGACUAGAUUACCUAGUGAACUAAACAUAUGCUAUAUUAUGUAACAUCAAUCCAUGUUCCUAGUGAUAAAAAGGCUAAAACACUAACUUUGUACGUACACCAAGAGAAACUUAGACAAGUUUAUUUUAUUCAGUUGAAAACAUCAAGUUAUAUAAAUAAUGUUUAGUUGAGUACAAGUUACAACCAUAGAGAAAAGUAAUGUUUACAUCUCGAAUGACGUCACAAUCAUGGCGGAUAGCGUUUUGCGCAAUUAGAAUAAAUAUAUGUUUAUAAAUUGAAUUUCUCCAGCCCUAUUCGAAUUGUAUGCAUUCAAAUCGACAUGUUGUCCCUUAAGACAGGAACACUUCAUCAGUAACUGUUCAGUGAGUGAACUUGUUCAUUGUUAAGGCAAAGGAAAAGACGAUAUUUGUAAGAAAUAUACAUGUAUUGUUGCAAAAAUUAAUAUAAAAAUAAAAGAUACAUCACUGAUAAAUCUUAUCAAAUACAAAACUCGUAACACGACGUAUUUUA